AAAGGAGGCAAUUUUAUUUGACUACCUUGUGCUUUGCUUGACGCCCUUGGGAACUUAAUAUCCCGAGGACGCUCACUAUUCGAUCCGCGAGAGCCGGAGCUGAAACCACUGGGAGUCGGACUAGGUUGAAUUCAUCAACUCUUUCAGAACUUUGAAAUUUUCUGCUCUAACGUUCCUUUUCAUCAACAGCAUUCUCGUCGGAUCGACAGAUAGGUGGUUGUGAUAGUGACCCGAUGCGCCAUGAAACGCCGGCUCCUCACUGUGAUCUUGUUCUCUACGGCGACAUCCAGCUUCGCACCGCAAAGCUAUGUGCCAGGGCUGUGCAGCCCCGAGCCUCUAGAAUAGGGAUGGACUUUCUCAGUCACUUAUGUACAUCCAUCACCUCGAAAAACCUGACGCGCCAAUGUCUUUUUCGGACGCCUCAUCAAACGAGUCUCCCGUCAAAGGAGACUCGGAGUCCUUACCAAAUAACUUGGAUGGUGGCGGCGAUGUGAAAGUUGCUGAUCAAGAUGACUUUGGAGUCAACUUUGAGAACUCAGCACAAGCUUUUGACUCGGAUUCGCCAACCAACUCUCACCCGGAAAACGCCUCCACGAAAAAUCAGGACACCAGUUCACCUCCGCCUGAGCAGGAUGGUCGGGGGCCCCGUGUUAAGGCAUGUAUAAUUUACGAUCUUCCAACGGCCGUACACCGGCGUCUUUCUCAGAGAGUGGUACAAUUAUUCAAGCCUAGACCCAAGCAGGGUGGUGGCUUUGUUGCCCUUGAGACUCGGACAGAAGAUGUGUGCCCUCCCGAAGUGGUGCAAGGGACGCUCCGCGGCGUCGAUGAACGAUCCUCGAUUGCCGUUGGGAAGAAGAACGGCGCUGAGCUCCCAAGUCAAUGCGCAACAGCUGCUCGUCCUCAUGCACGCGUCGUCCUGAGUCCUGAGGUGCUGGGCUUGAAUUAUGGACAGUGGCUACGCGAACGAUGGAGCACGAUUAGGCGCCCUCCCCCUUUGUUGUCGACGCUCAUGGCACUGCGCAGGUUGAAUACCAUCUUUUCCAGGUCGAACAGAAAGAGUCCUGACGAGGAAUCGCCUCUUGGGCGAUCACCCACCUACCGGACUAGCCUCACUCGAGCGCCUAGUUACACAACCCAUGCUGCUGGCCCCAGUCGUUCCACGAAUCCCGAAAUAGAUGCGAAUCUAUCUGUUAUUGAAGAGAUGUCCAGCGUCGUUAGGACAUCUCUGCCGGAAACCUCCAGCGUAGCCGGGACGAUAAGGGAAGCGACAGUGAGAAGUGGGCCUCGCUACGUGUAUUACCGUCUAUAUACCAAAGAUGGUGCCAUCGAAUCAAACAAUGCCAUCUAUUCAAAUGACCGAUCCUUGGGCCGGAUUGACGCCAAAGACGUUGCGCCUCCCUAUACAGUGAUUCUCCUAAAGAACGUCUUGUGUCGGAAAGAGGGUUUCAAGACGUCGGACAGAUCCAAUCUGUAUCUCUCGGUGCCAAGUUACAUGCCGAUGGAGGACGGCACUCGCCUCUCCCUGACCGCUCAAUCCGGGCCUGGUUUAUAUGAGCACGAGCCAGUAGUUUUGGUUGUCGACUCGAUCGAUGAGAGAGAAGCCGUAAAGCCCAGUCGAGGAAAGCUUCGCACACAGACGAAUGUCCGUUAUG